ACUUGGGUCUCAGCCGACAUGGAGCAGGACGAUGAGCAGCAGGCUCUGCACCAGCCUCCCUUGGAUGAUGAAAUGUUGAUGCCAGUGUCGUGUAUGCCCGUGUCUUCUGGAAACAGUGGAUUCCAUCAGCCAGCAGCCACUCAGUACUUAACAGAGAUGAUGAGGCCCUACAUGACAUCAGCUGAGGAAUUCAGAUCCAAUGAGGGAGAAUGGGAGUCACAGUUCAUUAGGGCACUGCCUGAGCCUGGUGCGAGCUGCUCCUCCCAGCUGACUCCUACACCUUCCCAGAAUUAUUGUCAGAGAUCAAUUGGGAGGGGAUCCCAGGUGAUGCCAGUUGGAAGUUCAGGUACUCUGGGAGUGACUAUUGACUUCGGUGAGAAUCUGAUGUCUCGCGGUGGCCUGCCAAACCCAGCUUCCUGUGGAGUCUCAGUGAUGGCCCACAACCAUGCCUCAACAAUGCCUUAUUCUGUACCUGCCACUCCGGGCUCUUUAAAACAUGGAAUAUUAUUGGUCCCAGGCGUGCCUUCCUCUGGGACCCAUGCUGUGACCCCCUUUAUAGAUCAGAUGUUGCACUCCAUAAAUUCCUGCAGUCCUGAGAUGCUCCCAGCUAGGUUCCAGCAAUUGGUAUCUUUAGACUCCCAAGAUUCACUUGUGACCCAGUCAAAUGUCCAGGAAGAACCUUUCAUAUGUGAGCCACCUACACCUGCUCCACAGGAGACAGAGAGCCCCAGUACGUCAGGAGGGGCAGCCAGCACUCAGCCCCUAGUUCCAAGGCCUUACGUCUGCUCAUAUGAGAACUGUGGAAAAGCUUAUACCAAGCGCUCUCACCUUGUGAGUCACCAACGCAAACACACAGGUGAGAAGCCCUUUGCAUGUGACUGGGAAGGUUGCAAAUGGAAGUUCUUCCGCUCUGAUGAGCUUGGACGACAUAAACGGAUCCAUACCAGAUAUCGACCACAUAAAUGUGAUGAGUGUGAUCGAGAGUUCAUGAGAUCUGACCAUCUCAAGCAGCACAAACGAACUCAUCUGCCCAAGUAAGACUUCCAGCAACGUCAAGCUAACAGUGGACAGACAGACGGGAUAGACGGUCCUCUUGCUCCUGGUCAGGAGCUUUAGCUCUCUUUCCUGUAGUCUCUAACCCAAGAUUCUGUUGCCCAAGACCAGAUCAUCUCUGGGGUAGGUGAAGGUUCAGAUGGAAACAAGAAGAUUAGGAAGUGGUGGAGAAGCCCACAUGAAGCUCUGGACAUCAUCAUGGAUUCCUCAAAAUCUGGUACCCUCCCCUGUCCGAGAUUACUGACUUCUGCCAGAUGAGAAGGCAGAGCCAGAGAUAGGAUUUUACUAGAAAGCUCUUAUCUCCUGUCAACCCGAAGCAUGAAACUCUCUCAUGACUGCUCAGCGAAAGCCCAUGUUCUUCUCUCCCUGGGUCUUCCACAGUUUCCAGGGCCAGACCAUGGGAAAGGUCUUUGAACACUAUGCUUUUAAUAUCUUAGUGCUGGAACAUACGGGACAUUCAACCUAUACUGCAUCAGAUUACCUCUGGCCUUCACUGUCCACAUGCCCAGAGUUUGUCUCUUCCUUCCACUCUUGGAGAGAAUGCCCAUUUCAAGACAUGGCAUCUGGCAUUUAAUGGGGGCACCAAAACCAAGUCUUUUGAGGAGACUAAUAUGGGAGAGAGGCAGGCAGCAAAUCUCUCCUCCAUCCCCCACCGCACCUCCCGCCAUGAAUUGUUGCAAGGCAUCGUAUCUCUCUGACAGCACAAUUUGUGGGGAGACGUGCCAAACAGCCAGCGGACAUGCCUGCAUCUUCAAGGUUGGCCAUCUUGGAACUGUUGCCUUGGUCCAUUUCCCAUUCUUUCCCCUCCACUUGAUGCUCUCCUUCCUAUACCUCGGCAUUGAAUGUCCCAAAUAAAAUUGAGUAGGCUGUUUC